CUCGCGCGAAGCGGUUUGGUGGAAGCGCGCGCGCUCGCUAUUUAUUAUUUGUCGCCUUCGGUUCGCUAGGAUACCUGAGCUGAGAGCUUGUGAUUGCGGUGAUUCGGAAACAGUUUGAAUUUUGUUUGGUUCCAAAUUCAACGGACGACGGUGAUUGAUUGUGCCUGGCGUCGGGUUGCGAAAAACUAGAGUGCGUCGUGUGGUUAUUGGGUGCAUACGAGAAGAAUACCAAAUAGAGAGGAAACAGGUUCUUAUUUCAGACGGUGGUCGUGGGUCGUUGAACAAGUGGCAUAAGAUUUACUAUCGCUUUACUGAUCUGCCUCAAACAUCUCCAAAUGGAAUAUUCUCCAAGCGAGGUCGGAAUCGAAGUAGAUUUGAUGUAAUAUAAAACGAAUGAAUCAUUCGUUAUUCGUCGUUUAUUGAUAUUGGCCGAAUCGAUGAAGCGUGACAAAGGCAAAUGAUCUAGCGACUGGAUUGGAACUGCACAUAGUUCUGUGACGCUGUGCCCUACCGUGGAAUGAGUAAUGUGAGUGAAAGUAAGAACAAGUUUUUGUCGACCGUGUCGUGUGUGGAAAUGAUUUGAUUGAUCGUAUAAUUGUGUGGUGUUUGAAGUCAGAACGUUUCGUUGAGAUCGUGGGACUCCAAGUGCAGCCGAACCAAAAUGGGAAAGAAAGAGAAAGGCAACAGUGAAACUGGCAAACUAACCAAGGAUCCUGGUUGUGGUGGCGGUGGCGUCGGCGGUGAAAACGGCGUCGACGGUGCGACUGGCGAGGACGUCGUGCUGGCGAUGACCACCUUUGGCCAGAUCAAGGCUGCCUCGAAGAAAGCUGGACACUGCAUCGACCGGGCUGAUAGCGAACAGCGCGAGACAUGGUCCGGCAAGGUAGACUUUCUGCUGUCGGUAAUCGGGUUCGCCGUCGAUUUGGCCAAUGUGUGGCGCUUCCCGUACCUGUGCUACAAAAACGGUGGCGGUGCUUUCCUCGUUCCCUACGGAGUGAUGCUGAUAGUCGGCGGAAUUCCGCUGUUCUACAUGGAACUGGCAUUGGGUCAGUUCCAUCGUAAGGGUGCCAUCACAUGCUGGGGUCGAAUAGUUCCACUUUUCAAAGGAAUUGGUUAUGCGGUAGUGCUUAUUGCUUUCUACGUGGAUUUUUACUACAACGUGAUAAUCGCGUGGUCGCUGCGGUUUUUCUUCGCCUCGUUCACAAAUCAUCUUCCGUGGACGCUGUGUAACAACGAGUGGAAUACAAUACUCUGCAAGCCGUUCGAAAUAGCAGGAGCCAAUGGGACAGCGGCGGCGACGGCAGCAGCCAAUGGAACCUUUUCUAACGUGACUUCGGUCGUGUUAAACGAGACCAAGUUCGCCUCGGCUGCUUCUGAGUACUUCAACCGCUACAUUCUGGAGUUGGACAAAAGUGACGGAAUCCACGAUCUUGGAGCGAUCAAGUGGGACAUGGCGUUGUGUCUGCUGGCGGUGUACCUGAUCUGCUAUUUCUCACUGUGGAAGGGCAUAAGUACCUCGGGGAAGGUUGUCUGGUUCACGGCGCUAUUCCCAUAUGCGGUUUUGAUGAUCCUGUUGGUGCGGGGAAUCACUCUGCCUGGAUCGGCCAAGGGAAUCCAGUACUACUUGAGUCCGAACUUUGAUGUAAUAUUCACACCUCACGUGUGGGUGGACGCUGCGACGCAGGUAUUCUUCUCGCUGGGACCCGGUUUUGGAGUGUUGCUAGCAUAUGCAUCGUACAAUAAGUACCACAAUAAUGUCUACAAAGAUGCCAUUUUGACCAGCUUCAUCAACUCAGCCACGAGUUUUGUUGCAGGUUUCGUGAUUUUCUCGGUGCUUGGAUAUAUGGCUCACGCUAGUGGGCAAAACAUCGAGGAUGUUGCCACAGAAGGUCCUGGAUUGGUGUUUGUGGUGUAUCCGGCAGCUAUUGCCACUAUGCCUGGGAGCAUCUUUUGGGCAUUGAUUUUCUUCAUGAUGUUGUUGACUUUAGGAUUGGAUAGUUCUUUCGGAGGAUCAGAAGCAAUCAUCACAGCACUCAGUGAUGAAUUUCCAAAGAUCGGUAGGAAUCGGGAGAUUUUUGUCGCAGGUCUGUUUUCAUUGUACUUUGUUGUGGGACUGGCGAGCUGCACGCAGGGGGGAUUCUAUUUCUUCCAACUGCUGGAUCGUUAUGCGGCCGGGUAUUCGAUAUUGAUUGCGGUCCUGUUUGAAGCCAUUGCUGUUUCGUGGAUUUAUGGCACCCAAAGGUUCUGCGAGGACAUUCGGGAUAUGAUUGGUUUCACGCCCGGGAUCUACUGGCGCGUUUGCUGGAAGUUCGUGGCACCAUUGUUUCUACUGUUCAUCAUUAUUUACGGUCUGAUCGGUUAUGAGCCGUUGCGAUAUGAGGAUUAUGUCUAUCCACCCUGGGCCAAUGUGUUGGGAUGGUGCAUCGCAGGUUCUUCGAUGAUUAUGAUCCCACUGAUGGCGUUCUACAAGUUAUUGGUAACGCCUGGAUCAUUCAUACAGAGAAUAAAAAUCCUCACGACGCCGUGGCGUGAUCAGCAGCUGGCGGUAAACGGGGUCACCACGGAACCCGCGCAAGUUCGGCUCACCAACACGGACGAGGGCGAGGAGGUUUGAGUGCGAUCAUUCUCGCUGAAGUUUGAUGUAUAUUUUGUUUGAGCAGCAGAUGUUAGUUCGUGUUUGUUGUUGUAUAGUAAAUAGGCGUCGUCCAUAUUUAUUGUACAUUUCUAGGUUAACAUAGGUUUGUGUGGGCCACAAUUUGUUGUGGAACGAUAGGUUAUACGAUAGUCUUGCUAGGAUAAAAUGCUUCACUCCGUGUGUAUGCAGAGAAAAAUAAAAAUAGAUAAAGUACCAAAACUUUUAUAGUAUAAGGAGAAAUUCAAAUGCUGUGUAGAUAAUAGAUCAAAGUGAUUUCAAUGAAAAAUGAAGGAACGACGAUACAGAAGAUUUUUGCGACAGAACUACUGCUGUACAUAUUCCAAAUGUAGCUGUCGAAAGCGUUUGGUUUUUUGUUUCAUUAAGAUAACUGUUAAUAUCAAUUUGAUGUGGCCAUCAAUGAUAGAUACGCUCGAAAGACGAAGACAUCGCUUCGAUGAACGACGAAAAUUGUAGGACUUAGGAACUAGAUAAAUAAUAAGGUUUGCAACUAGACUAUAUCACUGUUAAGCUUCGCACAUAGAGAUAUCUCGUUUUUCACCGAUAGAUCUUUCGCAGCAUCAUCGACUCUCACUGCGGAACGGAGCUUAACAGCCAUAAAGCUUCGCUCGUGGAGAGAUGGAUUUUGCGGCGAUUAUUUUUUGUUAAGUUCGGAGCUUUCAUUUGCAAUUGUUCCGAGAACGAUAUUCUGGCAGUAUACAGUUAAAAGUUAACUAUAUUAAACGAAACAGGAAAAGGCAUAUAUUUAGUAGCAAAUGUAAUGUUGAAUAGUAUACGCUUUUCUUGAUUAGUAGUAAAGGAAGGAUUAGCAUGGGAAAUAUACGUGAUGAGCGAGAAUUAUAGUCGAGUGAUUGCAGGAUCUGGAUUGUAACGAUAAUUUUUUUCUAUAAAUUAAGUGAGAUUAGAAUAGAUGGCUUAGCUCUCUAGCAAAUAUAUAGAAUAAAUAACCCAGAGGAAUAGCUUUGAAACCUUUAUAAGUGAUUAGGAUCAUUGUUGUGAAAAUUUAUGAUAGUAGCAACUAACGGUAUUGAGUUUAAAAAAAUGCAAACACCAACAACUUUACGGGGAAGAAAUUGAACUGGAUUAGCUCUAAAAUAUAAGUUUCCAUCUCAUAUUGAUUAAAGUUCGUUUCCAAUGCGUCACCAUUCGCUCGUAAUUACACGGUGAAAAAUCUAGCAGAUGUCGCACUCGACAAAACAUUCAAUUUUGGUACACCUAUAUUGAAAACAUCUCCUAAAUAUACAUCUAUCCAUUACCAUCUGUCCAAUAACAAGUAGUUAAACUUUUACAGGGUGCCAAAUCAUGUGAAUACGAGUGAAAAUUUAGAACACAGACUGCACCUGAUUAAAGGCCACGAGUUCAAUUUCCCGACAUUCCUCCUAAAUGGAAGUAAAGUGAUGAACCAGCCAAAAGUGUUGAAAGUCACUAUAAAACAGAAAGAAGAAUAGUUUGAGUUCAAGAACUUAAUCGACGCAAUUUGUAUUUGCUCAUUUUUGUAUGAAUGUUUUAGCGUUCAAUCAUUUAAUUAUUGGCCGACAUGAGGGAUUGAAAUUGUUUUCGAUACACGUUCCGGAUGGGAGAUUUUUCGUCAAAAAAAUUUCUUCUGACCUGCACUAUGAUCACGCGUAUUCUAGAGCUUGUCGCUCUAGAGUAUAUUCAAGACGUGUUAUGUGGUAUAAAAAAUCUCAACUGAAUACUACUACAAGAAAUUAUGCAUGUAAUACCAACGUUGAGUUCCACUCUGAACGUACCAUCUAAGAAGACGAUUUCAGAAUUUUUAAUGUGCUCUUCAGGAUCAAUCUGUUUUUUGGGAACAAAUUGCUUGUCAGUGCACGGAUUUCGUACAUGGUUUUCGGCAUAUUUGAGUCAAUAGCUGUUGUCUCAUGAGAAGUCAGGAACCUGGGGUACUCGUUCUAGAGGUUUGAACUGCAUGUUAUUAUAGCUCUAGCUAAAUUAUGAAAAAGGCGAAGGUUUCAAAUAAUGUUUUUUUAUUGUGAAAAAUGUUAUUCCAUAUUAAAAUAUUAGGUACAUAACUAUGUUCUCGUUGUUGUUUUUAUUAAAAAAUACUGUGAAUUUGCUGUUUCGAGGAAUAGAACUGCCAGCGAUCGACAUAGUUGAGACGCAAUCUAGAAUUAUCAUUUCUUCGCAGCAGAAAUCUGCAAAAAUUAUUAUUUAACUUCAAUUACUUAGACUUCAGAAGGAACGAGUAUUUCAGCAGCAACAAGAAGAGAGCCGAAGAGAAGGCAUCGAGAUACAAAGAAUUACUGGAUAAUAAGUACAGAAUUUUGUCAUAGAAAUACGACUCAGAUAGACUGUGUGUGACAGAUGAAGCUCCGAGAACGACACGAGCAUGCAUCAUCCACAUUAGUCUAUGACAGGAGCUAUAACAGUAGCUCGCCUAUCCCAUAUGUACACGUUUUUUGAACAAGUACAACGAGAGCUACCGUUUUCCAGGGAACUAUACCCAAAAAUGCAAAAUUACUGUUUUGGUAGACCACCGUGUAUGUUUCAAAUAACAGGUAGCCCGCGGUGCUGCCAAGUAUGACCAUCCCGGGUCUUCUGCUUCUUCUUGGAUGGCACUAACGUUCCCAGUGGAGCUUUUGUCUUCUAAACGUAGGUAUUACUUACGUCAUUUUUAUUAGUAAAACUUAGUAGAGAUUUCUAGACCUUGAAUGUAUUCCGGAGUGGAAAGUUCUAGAAUACACGUGGCCAUAGUGUAAGUCGGAAGAAUCGGACACGCUAAACACCCGGCCAUAGGAGCACCCUGGUUCAUGUGGAGCAAAAACCGAUGCGGAUUUACACCAAACUAUGUAGGAAAACUUCUCGCUAUAAUUUUUUCGAUUUUUAUUCAUAUCUGAUCGAGAAUCAUAAGCACAGACACUUCCAGUCGAAAUUGAUGUCAACAAUAGUAAAUCCAAUGCACUGGAUUUUGAAUGAAAAAGAGUAAAUGAUAACAACAUCAAAAUGCUUUCACUUCUUUUGAAUUGCUCAUCGUCCAGCCAUUGUUGGGCUUUUCAAAAAAAAGAAAAAAAAAGAUUUCGCCACCAUAACCCACCAUCGGUAAAUUGUUGACAAUGCUUAUUUUUUCACAUGAAUACGACUAAAAUAUUGACUGUGUUUCGCGUUUACCGUUGAUCGUGAUGAUGUUACGCUUUUUCGUAUUUUUUCUGAAUUAACCAUUGGCCUAUCUUCAAACAUUGAUGGUAUUUGUUAUUUUCCUGUCAAUAGAACAUUGUUUUGUUUUGCUAGAAUAUUUGAACCAAUUUUUUGAGUUCAUUCACCAAAAACCAAAAACUAGUCACUAAAAAUAACAGCACUGAAAUGCGCUAACCUCUCUGAACCGCUUAUCGUACAGCCAUCGAUGGGUGUUUCAGAAGUAGCUGCCAAUGACAAAUCAUUUGUUCGAUGGAUUGAUCAUUUCGAUUGAUUCUAGUACAGUAGAACCUCGAUUAUCCGUGAGCGGAUUAUCCGCGAAUGCGAGUUCGUUAGUAAUUCUAUAAACCGUUUCGAAAUUUGUCAGUGAGUGGUACGGUCUUGCUCUUUUGUUUUCGUCAUGGCUUUCACAUUAUCUGAUUACUGAGGUAAACGACCUUACAGAUGGAUAGUUCCACAAUUUAUGUAUUGAUUAAACAUAGUUUUCAUGCUAAAAUAUCUUUUUUUCGUGUUUGUACCUCAUUUUCAGUCCUUUAUUGUGUUAUCGCGAUUUUCUACUGUAUUAUUUUUUUUUUUAAUAUUUACCAUCAAUCGGUUCGAACAGAUAACGUUUUUUCACAGAAUAUUUUCUCGUUGUUCAGGUCAUGUGAGUCUUUCAUCAAGCUUUUUAUCUUUCUAAUUGGUUAUAAGGUCACGUGGUUAUUCAUCUUUAAUUGAAUAAAUAUAUGGAUUGUACAUUUUGUACUGUUGAAUGGUGUAUAAGUAAAACAAAGAUAUGGAAUCAAGCGUUGAAAUUUAGACGUUGUAAUAUUUUCUUUUUUUUUAAGAUAAUACUAUUUUGAUUAUGCGAAGAACAUUUACACAAAAUUUACAUUUUACGAAAAUGGUGCGCAAGUAUACCAUUCUUGUUGUCUUCGGCUUUUGUGUUAAUAUGUGAAUUCAAUCCGUUCCUAAUGUGUAUAGGAAAAAAAUCCUUAUUUAAUCAGAAAUGUAUUAUUGGAGAGAGCGAUUCUAGAGCAGUUGUGUUACGAUUGUCACCUGAAAUUCUUAUCGUACAGCCAUCGGUGAGCUUUUCAGGAAUAUGCUCAUUAACUGCGGAAUAUUUCUUUCAUUACCCAAUACUUUUGGUUGUAGUCAUGUACCUUUCCAAACAAAUAAGAUUAAGAAUCGAAUCAUAUAUCAUUAGUUUUGUCUUCCCUUAGAUCAUUUAGACGAUAAAAUUGGUAUUCAGUAAAAAGAUAAAUUAUUUAUAUCUAGAUCGAAACAAGCAUAAAUGUUCUAGCAGUCAUAGGAUGUUUUUCAAGGUUUAGUUACAUGUGCUAGUUCAGUCAUGUUAUGUUGUUGGCCUUAUUAUUUAAAUAAAAAAAUAUCAUCGAUCGACUUCGGAGAAAAAAUAACCAGAAGGUUCCCGAGCAGUCGUUGGAAGUUUUCAAGAAUUUGCAAAACUGUGUUGGUCUAGUUAUUAGUUUUAUUAGUUGAGGGGUUUAGAAUGCAAGGGGUGUAAGUGACUUGAUCGAUUUCUCUUCAUCAACUUUUUAUUUAGUUAAUAACUCGACUGCAAAAAUGUUCCAAAUUAAGUUUGCUAUAGAAUCCGAUACAUGAGGCUCUAACCUAUCUUCCACAUUGUCAAAUACAGCUGGGAAAGUAUUUGCAGCGAAGUUAUGACCAAAAGAGAGAGUCGAUGUAGAGCAAUCAAUCAAAUCACUUACACCCCUUUCAUUCUAAGCCCCUCAUUUGUUAGUGAGCAUUAUAUUCGUUCUUAUACUAAAACAUUCUGACAAGUCCGUAGUUUCAAAUCUACACCACCCAUCCUGAAAAUAUAUCUUAAAUUAUUUUUUUUGUAUGAAUAUUAUCCGAUGUUUAUAAACAUCGGUCGAGUUAAUGAUGGUUCGAGUGUAAUUUCUUCGUUUUCUGAUCAUCGAGUUCGUUUCCAAUUCAUAAGUUCUCAGUUGUUUGUUGCAUGCAUUACAUGUUUUGCGGCAUAUCCAGUGCAAAUCUUCCCCAGUGCAUAUCAAUUGGGACAACCGUUCAUAGAAAACAGUUUAAGGGGGUAUUCUAGUGUAGAGACACGAAUUGCGGACGUUUCUCCGAGCUCCGUAAAAAUAAAAGAAAGAAUAUUUUUACUAUCCAUUAUAUCGUUAUUUGUUUAUCUAUCUUUUAACAAAAGAAGAAACAUUGUAAACAUUGAUAAACAAAUAUUCAUAACGAGAAUAGUUAUGAGCUGAUGAAGUGAGGUUAGAUACCGCAUCACCAAAAUGGCUCAAACUCGGUGAAUAAUAGGAUUUCCGAUAAGUCCUUUCUUGUGUAUAUUCUUGAAUGCCUAAACUACAGAAAUAUGAAGAAAAAUUAUUUUAAUUUUUUUCAAAUUUCUAGACUAGAAUACUCCCUUAAUUGCUGAUAUGAGGCAAAAGGAAAUUCGAUAGUGUUCCCCUCUUUGAAGAAAUUUUAACAAAAUAAACAAAAAGAAAAAUAAGAAAUAUGUAUGAUCAAUUUCUAGUGUUCCCCUUUUUUGUAUACAAUAGUUGAUAUUGAUUGUCUAAGCUAACUAAACCAAUCAGAUAUAUAGAAUUGACAAAUAACCAAAAAGAGUGAAUCGAUAGAGAGAACGGUAAUUUUAGGGCGGCAACAAUAUUAAAUUUGGUUGUUGGUAUAAGUACCGUAGUUUUGAUGGAGGAAUGUUUUGUUCAAACGAUGGGUUUCUCACGAACAGGAACGGUGAACAACGAAACAGUAUUUAGCAUCACUGCAGGUGUGACGCACAACGCAUAGAUGAUUUAGUUGUUAAGUUUGAGGUUGCUACAGAGAUGAAUGAAUUUUCAAUUGGUGGUGACUAGUUUCGAGAUACACAUUAAUUUGUAAGUUUUAUCGUUUAUCGAGAUUGUAUCCAAUAAAGUUGAUUGAGUUUAAAAACUUUAAAGAAUGAGUUGUUUUCUAUUUCUGGAGUUUAUAUAAGUAAUCCUUAUCCGAAGCUAGAAUUCAACAUCCCAAGGAACAAGAUGUUUAAAUAUGGAACCUGAUUUCUUACAAUAAUAAUUAUACAUUCUGAUAGGACAGGUAGCUAUAGGUAGUGUGGCUACAAGUACAUAUUCAUCGGGAAAGAAACAUAUUUGAUCGUUUUUCUCGGUACAGAUUCUUUACGGUACAUAUUAGAGAUUUUUGUUACAAAUUACAGAUAGAUACAGAUUUUUUUUUUAGAUUUUCAUUUUUUUAAGUAUAUCUGUCUCAGUUUUUUCAUGGUAUUGGACUACUUGAGCUUAAGAGAGAAAGAUGAUGGU